UUAUAAAACACAAUAUUUUUUUUAGAAAAAGAAAAAAUUAAUCUUAACAGCGUGUAAUGAAGCUUGUUCUGCAGUUUUGCAUGUCUAAAUGGCACAGUCAAUUGAAGAGUUUUUGAAAAUUCUCAAACUAGAGGAAUAUAUUGAGAACUUUUUAUAUAAUGGCAUUAAAAGUGUAUGCUCUAUAGAUGAUGCAACUUUGCAAGCUAUAGGCAUUGAAAAAAUAGGUCAUCGUAAAAGAAUCCUUAUGGAACUGGAAAAGCUGCGAAAUAUACCAAACGAUGAUAAAUCUGAGCAUCAAGACAUUGACAAUAAAGAUGAUUCAGAAAACGACCCCCCACCGUUGCCACCAAAAGCUUCUCAAUCAAGUAAUAAUCAAGCUUAUCCUACCCGUUCAGGUACUGUGAGUCCAAGUCAUAGACCUGUUAAACCUCCCAGGAGAGCCCACACCCUACCAACAAAGUUUAAAAUGCCAGAAUUUGACUUUCCUCCAAUCCCCCCACGCACAGACUUGGUUGACGAUGAAACAAAUGUUAAAAAUCCAGUGGAAAGUGUUGUGCUAGACAAUGAAGUUGUGGGUAAAGAACCUGAAACUAGGACAACAAUCAGUCCCAAAACGCCAGAUAAAGUGGAUAGCAUGACUGAUAACAAACCUAUUAAACCAGUGAGACCUCCACGUGUAUCAGUUAAAAGGCCCACUCCACGAUCCAGAGAAACAACAACUGAAGUAACAAAAAGAGUGGUACAGGCUGAACAACUAAAGCCAACUCCUGAAGAGGUUAAACAACCAAAAACAAUCACGGAUCAGAUUGAACAGCCAAACACAAACCAAUUACCAAAUACUACAGACCAAAUACCAUUGACAAGUCAAGUAGAUACGGUUUGUUACGGUGGUGGUAAUGAAAAUUCUGAUGACGACGCAUCUGAUGAGUUACCGGAUGAAAGUAAUGACAAGAUACUGACAUUGUCCAUGCGAGAAAAUAAAGAUGAUUUUAUUGAAUUCAUGAAAUCACAAAGCUCAGAGGUGGAAAAAGGCAAUAACAGAAAAAGUAGAUUCUUGCAGCCAGGAAAGUGUGGAUAUUUAAGCAAAAGAGGAGGUCAAAAGGGUGAUAAAUCAGUACGUAAGCGUUGGAUUGAGUUUGAUGGGAGCCAAUUAAAGUAUUUCAAGGACAAAGGAAGCGAACCAAAACAAAUCAUUCCAGUUAGUCGUAUGAUUGAUGUUCAGGUGGAAACUAGUGCUAAGAAACCGACAUUUCAUUUAUUGACGCCAAAUCGAAGGUUUACCUUUUUAGAACCAUCAGGGAAGUCAGAUGAGUUGACUAUAUGGGUUUCUAUCCUAAUGGAAGGAAUUCUGAAUAGGGACCCGAAUGAAGCAUGCACAAUUGGUGGACGAAUGGCUGAUCCUAACAAGGAGGGUUGGUUGUCAAAGCAAGGUCAUAAUGUGCUUCAUGAUUUUAAAGAAAGAUAUGUUGCUAUAAAGGAUGACCGUUUAUGUUACUAUUACAACUUCGAGGAUUUUAAAGAAGAUCUUCCUAUUAACUGCUUGGAGAUGUCACUUGUCUCGCUGAAGGAAGACAUUGAUAGAAAAAGACUUCUGUUGCAUACAAACAAGGAGAAGACCUUUGUAUUUGAGGCUGAAAAUUUAAAAUCUCACAACAGUUGGAAAGAUGCCAUUGAAAGAUCAAUACAGAUUGGGUUAGGAAAUAGCGAGUUUUUAAAACUGAUACAAGCGAAUGAAUCCAAUCGAAAGUGUGCUGAUUGUGGCGAUAGAGAUCCUAUAUAUGCUUCUGUGAAUUUAUUAGUUGUUGUUUGUGCACAUUGCAUUGGGUGUCACCGGUCCCUGGGUACAUCAGUUUCUAGGACCCAGUCCAUAUUAAUGGAUGAGAAGGUUUGGACACCUUCACUUAUUAAGUUAUUUCAGACAGUUGGAAAUUCAAAUUCAAAUACUCUGUGGGCAUGGAAAAUGCCCUGCGAUGACAAAAUACAGCCUGAUGAUGACAGAGAAACGCGCCAUAAUUUUAUCACUGGGAAAUAUAAAAACAGACGAUAUUUUCAGUGGUCAGAAUUGUAUGGUCGCCCGGAAGAUCUUGGAAUGGCUCUUCGAAAAAACGUUGUAACUGAUAAUGUUUUGGAGACUCUCCGACUUAUUGUAUCUGGAGCAGAUGUAUAUUACAUACCAGAGGAUGAAGAAGAUGAAAGAACGCCUUACGAACUUGCAAAAGAUGCUGGAAUGGACCUGCAAAUGGUAUUGCUUUCCCAAUAUCACGGACAUCUAACUAAAGACGAAAGAGCCAAGUCAGACUCAGAGAAAUUCGAAAUUAUUAGUGCGGAAGAGCUUGGAAAAGAGCUUGAAGCUCUACCUAAAUUACCUAAUGUACCUUCUCCCAAUUACGAAAAGACUGGACUAUUGCUAAUACGGAUGAAUAAAAACGAAAGUUGGAAAGAGAAAUUUUUCACACUACAAGGUCGGAAAUUCGAAUACAAGAAAGGGACUAGAGCUGAUGAUUUGGAACUCCUCGACCUAACACAAUUGAAAGAAAUUGAAUAUGGAAGAGAAGAUAACAGUACUUUUUCUUUAAAAAUUUCAGAAAGAGUUUUUUAUUUAAAAUCACACACUGUUGAAGACGCAGAAUCCUGGUACCAUGCUAUUCGCAAUAAACAGGUCUUCGGAGUACCAAUUGAAUGUCAAGAAUGUAAUGAUAAGAAAAUUCCCUAUCUGGUUGAAAAUUGUGUGGGAUUUAUUGAAAGACAUGCUCUGUUAAUGGAAGGUAUCUAUCGCUUAAGUGGAAGUCAAGUGGUCAUCAAAAAGUUGAUUGUGUUAUUUAACCAAGAUGCACCAAAAGUUCGAUUAACCUUUGAAGAUUAUCCAGAUGUACACGCCGUCGCUGGCUUGUUAAAGCAAUAUCUUCGUGAACUUCCUCAACCUUUACUUACCAGCUUGCUUUACGAGGAUUUCAUCCAAAACUCAUAUGAAGUACAAGAUGAAGAAUCUCAUUACGCCAAGAUGCAAACAUAUAAACAUUUACUAGGCUCGCUGUCUAACGUCAACUAUGAAACAUUGAGAUGUGUGAUCAAACAUCUACACCAGGUCAUCGAGGUGUCUGACUCCAACAAAAUGACUCUACAAAAUGUCAUUGUCAUUUUUGGUCCUAUCUUAUUGUCAUGUGGUAAUACAACAGAUAGAGCAUGGUUGAACAGAGAAUAUGCCGUGCUAUCUGAUUUGUUAACUUUCUACGAGUGGUUAUUCGACGUUACGCCUAGUGAAAUAACAGCGAGUAAGGCGAUGCUGGAUGUAUUAAGGAAGCAAGCACAGAUAGAUAACGAAAAGUCAUCCCAUCAAAAUGUACCAUCACCUGUGAUAGACAGUAUGCAAAUUACAGUACAUGUCAAGAAUUACGAAGAUCAAAUGAAGAUGACAAACACCACGAUGCCUAGUGACGUAUGCUUGUACUGUGUAGAAAAACACAAUUUAUCGGUUGAUGGGAAUUGGGCAUUGUUUGAAGUCAGUAUAGAUGGAAAUUAUGAGCGCCCAGUUCAUUCUAAAGAACCAGUUCUUCCACUGGCUAUGAAUAUUGGUUCCGAAGGCUUGUUGGUUGUAAAAGAAAAUUACGUAGCUGAAAAAUUGGCUCCGUUUCAAUCGUCAAGUCUUGGAAUCAUGGGUUAUCUUCAUUAUUCUAAAGAUCGUUGGAAGAAAAAUUAUUUCGUUGAGGUGAAAACCGGCAACAUAAGAGUGUAUAGCAAAAAGGGCUCGAGCAAGGAGGAAGACAACAUUGCCAUACAUGAAAUUAUUCUAUAUAUCGGUGUUGAUCCAAAGAAAAGACCACCUGAUAAAAGCAAAUUUGGUUUUGUACUCAAAAAUAGUGAAGGGGUUUCAAGAUAUUUUUGUUCAGAAAAUGAAGUGGAAGUAAAUAUGUUUAUUGCAGCUAUUCUCAACAUCAGGUAUCCUACAGGAGUGUGGACGCCCUUGCAUGCAGGUGAUAAAAAUGUAAGUUUUAAUGCUGCACCUGACCCUCACUGGGGACGCCAGUCUACGUACGUACGACAGAGUGGUGCGUCUCGCAAAUUACUGGAUCAGCUGCAACAAACUCGAACUUCUUUAAGAAAGCAUAUUUUAAAAAAGUAGCGUAAUAAACGGAAAUAUAAUACUACGAACGAUAGAGUUCAUAGAAAUUGUUUUGUACAGAUGAGGGAUUUAUGAGGUGCAUCCGCAGAAGAUGAAGCACUUGUCGUGGUGAAAUCAGCCGAUGACAAAAAUAACAAUGACUAUUUAUAAAUUCAAUGGCUUAUUUUUUUAUUCCUUUUUGUUUCUUUUUUUCUAACAAUUGUCGAAAUGAUAAAACUAUUAUGCCUGAAAAAUCAUAUUUUUGGUGACAUGGAAUGUCCGAGCAAACUUUUGAAGCUCGUGAAAAUAAAGAAGUCGAUCUGUUGUUUAUAGUUGCUAAAAUCUUUUGUUAAUCUUUACUGUUGCAAAAUCAACACGAUGUUUUUCAGCGUGCAAGCAAAAAAAAAAAAACAACGACACGGCAAGUACUGUUCUACUUAACUGACUUACCAUAUUCCACAGAAUGUAUUUAGUCCUACUAAUUUGUGACAACUUUCAAUAUGUACGGUGUGUCUGGACUUUAUUUUGUGGAAAUUUGUUUUGCUAGUAUCAACCUUUUUUCAUUUUAUUCAAUAUUCUUAAAAACUCUUUUUCUACUAAGUAUAAUUUUGUAAAUUGUUAUUUUUGUAUUUUAUUACAUCACGAAUGUCAUUGUUUGCAUUUUAUUACAUAUAAAUAUUUUUUAUUUUUCCUCAUCAUAUAUUUGUAAUUUCGUAAAAUAGGUUAGAAUUUUAUAUUGUUACUGUAAAAUGCUUGUAAAAUAAAUACGAUUAAAAGGAGAGACAAUCUCUACGA